CGUCGUCAUCGUCGUCGUCGUCGUUGUCGUCGUCAUCAUCGUCGUCGUUGUUCUUCUCUCUUCCAAAUACGCCGACUGCGAGUAUCGAAUCACCUCGAGUCGCGAUUCGGGAGCUAAGUCAAGCGGGAUGAUACGAAAAAAAUGUGCGUCGUACCAAUGUGGCUGAUGAGGCUGAAAUCAAGCCUCCCACGCACCACGGUAGGUCUUAGAGGAUGCACAAGUUAGCCAAGGGCCUGAAGAAGAAGAAAAAGCCGAAGAAGGGCAAGAAGGGCGCGGAGGAGGAGGAAUUUGAUCCGGAGGAGCUCGAGCGAUAUCGACGCGAGCGGGCGGAGGCCCAACAGAAAGCCGAGGAAGCCGGCGAGUCGGCCAAGGGCACCGGAUCCGACGAGUGGGAAAAGUUCCAGGCUUUAACCGCCGGCGUCGAUUCAGUCUUGAAGAAGACCCAGGAUGACCUCGAUCGGAUAAAGUCUACCUCGUUCUUCCAGCGAAAGGCGCCGUUGGAAGAGAAGAGGCCGGAGGAGGCGGCGAAGCGAGAAGACUCGAACAAAUCGUCUUCGAAGAGGUGGGUGGGCUUCGACGAGGAGGGUAAUCCAAUCGAGGCCGCACCGCCGGAGAUCGGCGGCGAACGAAAGAAGGGAGAUAAGCCGUUGAUCAACGAGGAUGGUUUCGUAGACGUACCGGAAGACGAGGACGAGCAGGAAGAUUCCGCCGACGAGGAUAUCUUCGACACCACUUACGUUGACGUUCUUCAGAAUAUCGAUGUUCAAUUAGCUUAUAUACCGGACAGCCCGACCGAGGAGGAGGCUGGAGACGAUCCUUUUGACACCACUAAUGCCGACAAGGUUCUCCGUACGGUUGAUAAAAAGGGUAAUAAGCUAGUCAGUCUAGGCAAUGCCGUUGAGGUGUUAUCGGGAAGGAUCGACUAUGUAAGCACUUGCAAGAUCACCAAGGGAAGGCGACCUAGAAUUCAACAGGAUCUACUAUUGGAUGAUUUUGACGAGGCGGAACAGCCGACGUCGACGAAUCAAGCCGUCGUAGCGGAAUCGACGCAAGUGGAAAAGACUCUGCUGGAUCACGAUAGCGAUCUACCCGACAUUCCGAUCGAUUUAACGAAAUUACCGUCUGUGCUACCGAGAUCGGUCAGUCCCGUAACAGCUCUCACAACUCAGGAGGGUCUCGCAACCUCGACGGUCACCGAAAAAACGUUAAAUGAUCCAUUAGACAUUUCAGAAUUCGAAGUUUUGAAGGAGAAAACUGUCUUGGAAGAAAUCCCCGACUUGGAUGAUGCUGAAUUUGAUCUAGACAUCGCGGCAAACGAGUCGGCUCGUCUCGAGGAAGUCGAUGAUCCAUUCGCCGCGAAGGAGCCUCAAACGAUUGAUUUUCAGACGGAGAUAAUCGAGGCUAGCUUUGAGGCUGCUACCUUUGUCGACGAGACUGAUCCGUUUGACACUACGUUCGCGGACAACAUCCUUCCGGGUAAAACGGAACUGAAAUUCAUCGAGAGGGAACUCGAACAACUGCCUGUCUCGGAAGUGUCUAUAUCAUUGACCGAUCCUGCUGGCCUCAACAGGGAUUAUGAAACCGGUCUGUUGAAGUUGGACAAAGAGUUGGAGCAGAGAGACGAUCGUGACAGUUUGCAGUCAUCCAAGAAAGAUCUUCUGGGUGGUUCGAUCACCGAUCUUAGCCAGUUGGCGGACGAGCCGAUCGCGCCUGUUGAAGAAAUUACUUACGUCGAUCCCUUCGACACGUCCGCGGUGAAUGAGCUUCCACCUGGCAAAACAGAACUCAAGGUUUUAGAAAAGGAAUUGCUCGGUGAGCAACCCGCUAGUUCCAUCGACGACGAUAGCGAUUUUGAUCCUAGGAAAGAUGAGGCGUCGAUAAAGCAGCUGCCCGCAAAGCCGCCGCCACCUAGAUCAUCCGCUCCUGUUAAAUCCGCGCCGAUUAAACCUGUGUUCAACGUUAAUUUUGAGGAGAACGACAGGGUCGAAACGACACCGACGAAUCUUGAGAGAAAGGCUUCCCGGCCGGAAGUCCUCGAGCUAGCUCCGGCCAAGACCGUCGCGUUCGAGUUGCCGACACCGUCGAAGAGACCUGAUCUUCUCGCGACUACCGAAGAGGAAAAGACACUACCCUCCAAGCCACUGACACCGUAUUACUCUCAAAAAGUCAUAGAGGAACCGUUGCCAUUGAUAGAGGACGAAGAGGUAGAUGUCGAUCCAUUCGACACCAGUUUCGUUAGUAACGUCGCACCGGGCAAGACCGAACUUAAGCUUAUCGAAUCGGAAUUGUUGAGACAAGAAGAGACUAGAUUGCCUCACAGUUUGAGCGAUCACGAUUUUGAUCCGAGGUUCAUCGAAGAACCAAUUAGGAGGCAGAGUGAUUUCACGGCUACUUCAGCCGUGGUGAGUAAUUUAAAACUCGCUCAGUUACGAUCGUCGCUGAUACAAAAGGUCGAUGAGGAGGUGAUUGCGAAACAGGAACCCCGAAGGCAGGAGAGCUUAUUAGAUGCGGAAGUUGAGGUUGACGCGAAACCUCUGACACCUAGAGUCGAGAGCAAACCAAUUGCGGAAGAGGAGAUCUCCUAUUCGGAUCCUUUCGAUACUUCGAUCGCGACUAAUAUUCUGCCCGGUAAAGCGGAACUGAAGAUAUUGGAGAGCGAAUUGCAGCAAAUAUCUCAGCAACCACCACCGCGUCCCAUUAACCUACCCACGGUACCGAUCGUACCGAUCGUCGCGUCAACGGUCCCUGAAAUCGACGAUUUCGAUCCUAGAGCGGACGAAGCAAAAGAAUCGAGAGAUUUCCUGUCCUUAGAUGGGCAAGAUCCCGGUGACAAAGUGUUGACGCCACUUCAGAACAAAGAUAUUUCUUUGGACGACGACAUAGAUCCUUUCGACACUAGCUUCGCUACUAUCGAGCCUGGACAACCGAACUAUUUCAAUUCAAUUACCAUGGAUUCCAAGGGCGGAAAUCCAUUCUUAAUGGACGAUUACGCGACGGAACCGGAGGGCGGUUUGCCCUCGCAGGCUUCUAAUCCCUUCCUCCAGGAUUUCACCGACACGGCAACUGCCGGCACGGGUGAAAAUCCUUUCUUGAACUUCGGCGGCGACCAGACGUAUGAACCGUCAAUGUCCGUCGAUUCUACCAAUCCGUUCGCCUCUUUCGGCAUUGAAAGUACCGCUUCGGAUACAGAAUUCGGGGCGACUGUCGACACUAAUACGCCAGCAACCAACGUCUUCACUAGCCAGUCAUCCAACAUCUUCGUCACAUCCGAUAAUGCGAGCGUGGAUCUAUUCGGUACGAUAACAACAACGGCAACAUCGACAACCGAGGAACAACCGGUGACAAUCGUUAGUCCGUCGCAGCAACCUCCGGUAACGACGCCACCGUCGAAGAAUGGAAAGCCACCACCGUCGAGGCCACCUCCGCCGAGACCACAACCACCGGUACCGCCACCACCGAUGCAACCGCCCGCCAAGAAUACGAAGGACCUGAUACUGUCAGUUACCGGAGCAAUGGACGCUACCUCGAACCAUCUUUUGGAUCGCUUGCAGGCAACCAGGACGCCCAGUCCUACGCUGAUGCAUUCCCCAUCACCCACUCCGGAGCACAGUUUUGCCGAUCUUCUGGACGUCGACAGUAAUGUUCCGGAUUUGAUCCCGGACGACAAGGUCGUCGAACCGUCGAAAAAUCGGGACAUCAUGGAUCUCUUUGACGCGCCCAAUACUGAUAUUUCCGCGACCGAUAUCUUCUCUACUUCCAUGACUACCACGAGUACCAGCAGUCUCGUUACCGGAGUCCCAUUGACUACUACCGCCAGGCAGGAUAAUCCCUUCGCGAACAUGAGCGAAGAUGCAAUCGUAUCGCAAGCGCAACCUGCAACCUUUGGAAUGGAAGAUAUUGUCGGAAGUAACGACGAGAAACGACCUUCGAUGACUUCGGCGACUCCUUUCACGGUCACAGAAACGGAAGUCGCAAAAUCCGGCACUGUUUUAGAUCUUGCGGAACCUGCGUCCGCGACUCAACCUGCAGCCGCUGAACUCUUCCAAGAAGCAGAACAGGUCUCCAGGUCUGGAGCUGACGCAAACUUUUUCUCUAUGACCGAUACGACCACGACGACUACGCCUUUCGGUGUGGUCGAAACCGCGCCUUUUGCGGCGAGCGCUCAGCAGCCUUUGUUUGCGUCGCCAAAAAUCACGCAGCCCGUUCAAGAUGUCUUUGCCUCGGACCUGCUAGGUGAUUUUGGAGAAUCGACCAAGGAAGCCAGCAGCGAUCUGAUUUCCACCAGUCCAAUCCCCGGAACGGAAUUUCCAGGAAACGAGAAACAAUUGGAUAAUUUUGCCAUUACGACGAAGGUGAUCGAGGAUACUGGCGACUCGUUCGACGCUUUUGCGUCCAAGUUUGAUAGGGCUGCUGAACCGGAAACCAACGGCGGAGAUCCCUUUCUGGAUGCAUUCGGAGGCGGACCAAUGGCUAUGGACACCUCCAGCGACGUUUGGGGAGACUCGUCGGCAGCUGGCUCGGAAACGGCGAUCACCGGUUUUGGAGAAUCCGACGGUUUCGAUUCCUUUUUAAGUAUGACGGCUCCACCAUCGGAUACGAAAGUAAAAAGAUCCGAAUCCGCGGAAUCGGAUGAAGGGCCCGAUUUCAGUGUAUUUAUUAAGCCGAAAGAAGGAGAUCAGAUGACAACAACGGAAGGCGGACCCGUACCUACGUUAGCACCGCCGCCGAAAAGUCCGCAGGUCGCUGCGUAUGCGGACUCCUCACCGCGUUUUAAUCCCUUCGAUAAAUCCGGAACCGCGCAGGACGCCGUGAUAUCCGAAACCGCACAGACAACUGAAAUGGCUAGAACAGAUUCCCAGGAAACUCCGCCCACUCCUUUGUUCGAUGAGGAUGUUAGCCAACCGCUCGAAGAUUUCCCGAGGAUAACUUAUACCGGGGACGGUUGGGAGAUGCAGUUGCGACAGCCAAAUAAGAAAAAGAUUACGGGGCAACGUUUCUGGAAAAAGAUCUUCGUCAAGUUGGUUUACCAGGGUGACAAUCCGAGUCUUCAGCUGUUUAACAAUAAAGACGACAAAGAUCCAUUUCAAGAACUACCUCUGCUCGCUUGUUACUCGGUGUCGGACAUCGGCGCCCAACAAUUCGAUCAGUAUGGGAAAAUCUUUACGGUGAAACUGCAAUACAUCUUCUACAAGGAGAGACCUGGCGUGCGACCUGGCCAGGUCACAAAAGCGGAAAGACUCACGAACAAACUCAGUCAAUUUGCAGCGUAUGCUAUUCAAGGGGAUUAUCAAGGUGUCAAAGAGUUUGGGAGUGAUUUGAAGAAAUUGGGUCUUCCUGUUGAACACGCACCUCAGAUCUCUCAACUAUUCAAGCUUGGUUCUCAAUGUUACGAAGACAUGAAACAAUUUUCUUGCGCCAUUGAGGAAGCUCUCUUUAGAUUACCGGCGCAUCGUGAUCGAGCUCUAAAUUACAAAAUGGAGGAGGUCCAAAUAACGGUUGUAGAUGAGCUUUACGUCGAGCAGAAUGCGGAGGGUCACGUAGACAAGCAGAUCGCACGUGUUCGUCUUUUCUUCCUGGGUUUCCUUUCUGGCAUGCCCGAUGUAGAAUUAGGGAUAAAUGAUAUGUGGCGACAGGGUAAGGAGGUUGUCGGUAGGCACGAUAUCAUUCCCGUUGUAACAGAGGAAUGGAUUCGUUUGGAGAACGUCGAGUUCCAUUCGUGCGUUCAACAGGACGAGUAUGAAAAAUCACGAAUAAUAAAGUUCAAGCCACCUGAUGCAUGUUACAUUGAGUUGAUGCGAUUUCGCGUAAGACCGCCUAAAAAUAGGGAACUACCGCUUCAAUUAAAAGCCGUUAUGUGCGUCACGGGAAACAAGGUGGAGUUGAGAGCGGACAUUCUCGUGCCCGGUUUUGCAUCUAGAAAAUUGGGCCAAAUACCAUGCGAAGACGUGAUGGUUCGCUUUCCUAUACCCGAGUGCUGGAUCUACCUCUUUAGGGUGGAGAAACAUUUUAGAUAUGGCUCGGUAAAAUCAGCGCACAGAAGAACAGGAAAGAUUAAGGGUAUUGAAAGGUUCUUGGGUGCCGUCGAUACGUUGGAACCGCAGCUGAUGGAGGUUACUUCCGGCCAGGCGAAAUACGAGCAUCAACAUCGUGCUAUCGUAUGGAGGAUGCCCAGACUGCCGAAAGAAGGACAAGGCGCGUAUACGACGCAUCAACUAGUUUGCCGUAUGGCUCUCACUUCCUACGAUCAAAUCCCUGAAAAUCUGUCGGAAUACUGUUACGUGGAGUUCACGAUGCCGGCAACGCAGGUAUCCCAUACGACCGCAAGGAGCGUUAGUCUCCAAAACAGUGACAGUGAUGCGCCCCCGGAAAAGUACGUCCGAAAUUUAUCGCGCCACGAAUACAGAGUGGGAAUCGAACAUACGCAGGGCGAAGGGCCGGGUGCGUAUGUCGCGGCAACGAUUUCGACGAAGAAGAUCCCUGAGGCUACGCCGGAAGUUCAAGAGACAUCCGACGCGGCGGCAGAUUCCGAUUACGACUCUUCGGAGUAAUUAGAAUCAAUCAGUUGUCGAGCCGAUGUCGCUCGAUCAUUUGCACAUUGUAAUAAUUAACGUAUUGAUUGAAAGGGUGGAAGAAAGGGGGAGAGAGAGAG